AUGUCAUGGCCAGAGCUGCAAGGGCAGGAGCUUGCACUCCUUAAAGGGGCAUUCACGAACCCCAGGCAAUUGCAGGCAGCCUUCGAUAGUCGCGAUGAGGCGGCUGAACUAAUCGAGGUGUUCUUGCCAGGCAUCAACAGAGAUGGGAAAUAUCAGAGAGCAGACGUUCUUGUGGCAUGGGCACAGGAGAAUGAAUCAGCAAUCAAGCGCCAGCGAAGAGAGUCAUUGCAGGGCAUGUGGGAGGUACUACCACAGCAACGUGUGGUGCCGAAGCUGACGGAUACAUUCGAUGAGCUGGCAAGGAGCAACCCGCUUGUCCUGCUGCCGGCACUGCAGCGGAAGAGGCGCCUGCUUAGAGAGAAUACAGACGCUACACAGCGCGCAAAGGAAGAGCAGCUGGCAAAGAAGAAGUAUGCCUUACAAUUGGCUGAGAUACUUAAAGAGGCGAAAUUGCCAUUAGUGCUACAGCUGGAGGGAGUGGACCGGCCUGAAGAAGUUUGGCCACGGAUAUUUGGAACCCGCAGGAGCAAGACGCUGCGAAACCGUUUAAAGGCAUGGGAACCCUUCAGAACGUGGCUGCAGUGCGUCCAUGAAGUGCAUUGGCCGACUAGCGUGCGGCAGCUGAUUGACUAUAGCAAUGAGAGAUUUCAAAGCGAGUGUGGCAAGACGGUGCUGAACAGUUUCCAGGCGUCACUGGCGGUCUUGGAGCAAGUGGGAAAGGUCGCAGAGACACAGCGGCUGUCGAGCGAUACGACUUGGAUGGCACACUUGAAGUCGCUGACUGCAGAUUUGGUGGGUGCGCAAGCGCCAGUACAGCAAGCACCAAUGAUAACGGUAGCUAUGAUCAUUUCACUUGAGCUGCACAUUUCGAGGGAGGAUGAGCCAGAGUAUGCACGGGCAAUGGCAUUCGUGGCGCUGCUAGCUGUGUAUGGUUCCAUGAGAAUGGACGACUUGCAGGGGAUGCUGCCGGCCACCAUGCGGCUUACUGCACAGGGCUUCAAAGCUACGCUUGGACGCACAAAGACAACAGGCGCAGAUCGGCGCAACAAGGAAGUCUCGGUCUUCAUACACAGGCAGGCGGGAUUGUCCGGUUUUGAUUGGUUAGGCGAGGGCUUCGCGCUUUGGAAGAAGUAUACCCAGCCGAGAGAUUACCUUGUCAUGACUGCCAGAGACGAUUGGAAAGGGCCAACUAAGCACUUUGCUAAGAGCGAGGUAGUUGCAGGCUAUGUGCGUGAGAUUUUCAAGAGGUUAGCAACGCCGAAGUUUGAGGAUGGUGCGUACCGCCUCAACGUGCAGAGAUACCUCUUGGUGGAAGGGGCACGAGGCUUUUUCACUGGGCAUAGCCCACGCAACUGGCUUACUUCGGCCGCUGCAGUGUUGGGUUGGUCUAAAGAUCAGAGGGAUUUCUUGGGUCGUUGGAUGAUCGGUGGUUCGGGUUCAGCCGACUACACGCGCACUGCCCGGGAAGUCGUUCAUCGCAUACAGAUCGGAGUCUGCAAAGCAAUUGUCACCGGCCAGGGUGGCGAGUAUCAAGAGAGUGAGGCCCUCGAAGAGCUAAAGGCAUUUGUAGACGAGCGUGGAGGUUCAGGUGCAUUGGCAAGGCGGCGGCAUGACAUUCUUAGGACUGUGGAAGGUGUACGCUGCUUGGGCAACAAGUGGCCUGCCAUUGAACAGGAUGAUGCAGAUGCCAGUGAAGAGGAGGAGGCUGCCGAAGCAAUGACCGUUGACGGCAGUGCCACGAAAUACUUUAUUAGCAUCAGUCGUAAGACGGGCCAUCGCAGGCUACACUUGAAUGGACCGUGCCAUGUUAAGCCACAUCAUUGCAAUAGGGUCGAGUUUGUCGAGCGCGUCGCAUUGGAGCAGAUUGACCGUAUUUGUCGUGAUUGCAAGCAUCGCAUGAAGGAAGAUCAAGGUGCCGAAGACGAUCAGGACACAAGUAGCGAGAGUGGGUCCACAAGUGACUCGAGCAGCGUUGAGGGGUGCUUGCAUGAGGAAGUUUGGCUGAGGAUGCAUCGCGGGAGCGUCGGCAUGUUCUUGACGGAGCCACGUGAUUUUCAGUUGCCAUGGGCCACCGCUGAGAGUGCGGUUUCAGUCGCACAGCACAGUGCUGUUUCAGAUAGCAUGGCGUUGCCCAGUGAGGCAGAUCAGAGAGCCGAAGUGGCAAAGAUGGAUUCCGACUUGCAGUAUGUGCUACAGGAAGCCAGUGCGUCACUGGCCACGCAAUAUCAGGUGGCGCGGCUCCAUCAGAGUCGUAGGCGAUUCCAGGCGAUCGCAGAUAAUCGCGAAGGUGCUAGGACAGCUGCUCGUGAUUUCGGGAUUAAUCCUGAUACGCCGGCGGGCCGUGUUGAGGUGGCUGCUAUAGUAGCUGCAUGGGAACUUGCCAAGGAGUAUGCGAGUAAAGAAAUCGAGCUACGUGCUGAGGCGAAAGUGUUAGGCCAUAAGAGGAUCUUGCAAGUGCAGGAACGCCAAGCUAUGUUGAAAGCGGUGACAGAUGCAUACGGAAAGAUGAAUGAAAGCGAGACGCCAAGUGCAGAGUACUUGGCAACCAAGGCCGAAGAGUGCGAGAGCAAUGAGCCUCUCGCGAGUUCGCUUGAUCGCAUCUCUUCAAAGAAGGAUUCGCAGGUGGAGAGCCUCCAGACUAGCAUUGAUCCCACCGGGCAUGUCCGUGUAACGAAGACAAUGCAGAAGUUGGAAAUGCCGCAUCACUCAGAGGGCUACCGACGUUUGAUGAAGGUGGAAGCACAUGCGUUUGUUGAAUACAUCUUGGGAGAUCGUGUUGGCAAUUUGAAGUUGCCCACUGCUUCUGGGCUGGAGACACAGUUCAACCGGGAACUUCGAGCAGUGCGUGAGGACCCAUCUUUGAAAGAUUCGUCUAUGCAGAAGGUGACUUCUGCCAAUCAUUUUGUCGACCAGUGUUUGAAAGCAACAGUUUUCGCGGCCGAGGCUGGCAAUUUCUUUAUGUGGGAGGCGCCGGAACACUUGGGCCGCACUGCUGACGGCCUCGUGCCGAGCUCCAUUUGGGCUUGGCCUGAAUUACUUGACUGCAUACCGCGUUUUGCUGCCACGACAUUUGUGCAUUACUUGUGUGAGUUCGGGGCGGACAUGGCAAAACCAACACGUUACUUGAGCAAUCUGCCCUUCUUUCGUCACUCGCCGCGGCCUUUCACUGGACUGCCGGUCUUGGAUGCUGAUCAGCGCUACGUUGGGCCGCUGCCCGCGUCGUGCCCCCAUGGGGGUCAUGCACCUAGCACCGGCAAAUUGCCGGCUGCGCAAAAGUGGAACUUGCCGCGGGCCCGCGGAUGGCCCCUUCAGCUGUGUCAAUUUAUGGUGGCAGCCAUCGACUUCUCGCUGCAAGCAGAUGGGGUUCUUUACCUUCAGGUUGCAGUGCCACGGCUGCUCCUCCUUCCCAUUCAGGAGCCGACUAGGGAGUCGACGUCAGCUACACCGGGCAGUGCUUUCACAACGGGUGCAUAUUGCAAGGGUGGUUUAGUCGGUUUGAGGCAUCAUUCCACUGUGCUACCGAAGUCUACACAGGUUCUGACAAGGUACUUGCAGCAGGUUGCACCGGGCUUUCAAGCAUCCGCUAUUGCGAUCUUCGAUGAUGUCAGGACGGGUGUCCAUCGUGAUGCCCGGAAUGCGCACUAUCCGAACAUGGUGGUGCCGUUGUCGGAUUUUGAAGAUGGCCAAAUCUGGUUGGAACAGCAAGGAGGCGAUGUAUGGGAGACAACACCAGAAGGGCAGAGACCUGGCGUUCACUUGGAGGUUUGCAAGGGUCCUGUAAGCUUCGAUGCAUGGCGAUCAUACCAUGCUACGCGAUCGUGGAAGGGCCGUCGGGUGGUGAUGGUUGCAUACAUGACCGAUAAGCUUGGCAAUGUCGAGGCUGCCGACCUCGCCCACCUUAAGACCCUGGGGUUUAAGUUACCACUUGACUUGGAUGCAUCAAAUGGCCGAUGGACCGGGGGCAUCGCCUGGGCACAGCGGCUACUGCACAUGCACAAUCCAUGUAAGGUCGAUUCAUCUCCAUUCGCCGGGGAGAAGUUGGAAACCCUGCGUAAGCAGUGGGCAGGGUUACUUGGUGCAGAGAACAAUCCCGAUGUGCUCGAGAUCCCAGAUGCGCAGCCCUUCUUGCUCAGGGCCUUGUCGCUUUCGGCUGAAAGGCUUGAGGACCCAGACUGGCAGAUUUUAACAGAGGGAGUCGAUUGUGCUAUGCAGGAGAUUCCCUUGGCCGCAACCGCGGACGUGAGUGCUGCGCAUAGGUUGGUCUUGCAUCGGAAGAGCGAUUGGGCCUUGAUGUCAUGCAGGGCAGAGCAAGGGUUGUACGGGAUCAUAGGCAGAGUGGUCACCCGAUGCCUACUGCAGCACGCCUUUUACCACUUCGCUUAUGUGGACGACGUGCAUCCCACGUUUUAUGGGAAGCGGAUGUACAUCAAUUUCUUGGUUUGGUUAAUCCUUCAAGAAAUGAUAGGGGUGCCUUUCGCUUACCAUAAGUUCAAGGGAAAGACACUGGUCGCCUUCAUCGGCUACGAGCUUGACUACGGUGCCAGGCUUGUGGGCCUCAGCGAAGCCCGAGGCGCUUGGGUGUGUAACUGGGUCGAUGAGGCACGGAAGGCGCGCUUCGUCGUCUCAGUUAGGAAGUUUGCGGAGUUUCUUGGGAGACUUGGUUUCGUGUCCAGGGUCGUGUACUGGAUCAAACCACACUUGGCCCCCUUGUAUGCUUGGUCAGCUGCAGCUUCGAAGAGCCAUGUUGCAAAAAUGCCGGACACUGUCAUCUUGACUUUGCUAUACUUGGAGGCAACGUUUAAAGACAUCAACUUCAAGGUCGCACCGGGUCGACAACGGGAAGAGACAGGGCAUCUCUUUCACACGGACGCUAAAUGCGAUGAUGGUUAUGUCGUCUUAGGUGGUUGGGACUCUAGCCAGGACCUUUCGGUUGCGCCUUGGUUCUCUAUAGUGGUUAAGCCUGCGGAUGCCCCGUACCUUUUCGACGAAGGGGGAAAAUCACAAUGGGCGUCAGCUUCAGCCGAGCUGUUAGCUACGUUGGCCGCUUUGUGGAUCUUCGGACACCUUAAAGAGAACAGUUCACGGAGGCGACUCCCAGUUGCCAUUGCCGGGGCCACAGACAAUCAGAGCAACGAGAAGCUUCUUAGAAAGCAGUCCACGACUAAGUGGCCACUCAUGCUCAUCAACAUGCAGCUCUCACACCUCUUAAGGAAAGCUUGUUUGAGGCUCAGCUUGACUUGGAAACCUCGCGACGAAAACAAGUUGGCAGAUGCUCUGACGAAUCAGGAUUUCAGCUCUUUCAGUUCCGAACACCGCUUGGAUGUCAGUUUCAGUGAGCUACCGCUUGAGCUCUUGAAUCAGUUGUGGUUGUCGAAGUCUGACUUCGAUGCGUCUCGCAAGGCGCUGCAGUCUGCAAGCAGUUUUCAGCCUCGUGUCCCGAAGAGGAAGCGCGAAGGCACGCCCUGGUGA